AUGAUCUAUUUUGUACUGCAAAAAUAUUUCAGACUCUCUCUCACUAGGGUUUUACUCCACUCUGCCGAGACUUUCAGUGGAGCUUUCAGGAACACAAUGCCCAUCUUUUGCGGUAACCUGGACUUUGAUGCUCGCCAGUCCGAGGUCGAGCGUCUUUUCAGAAGAUAUGGCCAGGUUGAGAGGGUGGAUAUGAAAUCUGGCUUUGCUUUUGUCUAUAUGGAAGAUGAGCGAGAUGAGGAGGAUGCAAUCCGGAGACUUGAUAGGAUAGAGUUUGGUAGAAAAGGACGCCGACUUCGUGUUGAACGUACGAAGCAAGAACGUGGUGGUAGAAAGCCUGAUAGGUCUAGAAGAUCUUCAGCUAACACAAGGGCAACAAAAACGUUGUUCAUAAUCAACUUUGAUCCUAUCAAUACCAGGACCAGAGAUCUAGAAAGGCAUUUUGAAUCAUAUGGAAAGAUAUCGAAUGUUAGGAUCCGAAGGAAUUUUGCAUUUGUGCAAUUUGAGUUGCAGGAGGAUGCUACACGAGCAUUAGAAGCGACUGACAACAGUGAGUUUAUGGAUCGAGUUAUUUCAGUGGAGUAUUCAAUUCGUGAUGAUGAUGACAGAAGAAAUGGGCACAGUCCUGACAGAAGAGGUCGUGAUGUCUCCCCCAAUAGAAGAGGCUACGGUGCAGGACGUUCCCCAAGUCCUUAUCGUAAGGAUAGAAGUAGUCCUGAUUAUGGACAUGGAUCAGUCCUAGAUUCUAGAUCCAAGCUAAGUCCAAGUCCUGAUUAUCGAAGAUCAGGAAGCCCUGUGAACGAAAGAUACAAGAGCCGUUCACCAUCCCCUCGUGAAAGAUUUCGUUCCUGA